UUAUGAUCUACAAGUUCAUUUUGUGCACAUAGGUCCAACUGAAAUUUAAAUUGUUUUGAUAUUAACACCGUUGACAGUAUAACGUAAUUCGAUAUCAGCUGGUCAGAAUUUGUUCACUUCGAGUCCGUUCCGUUUUGUUUUUUGUUUUGAAAUUGUUCCGUUAGAAUUGAAUCGAAUUGUGUUUUUGCUACUUUGUGUGUGAAUACGAGAGAUAUAUUUAUUUUACUUAUAUUUUACAAUAUUUAAAAUGGAUCCAAAUCUCAAUAAAAUUCAUAAUACAUUAUUGGAUGCUGAAUUACCAUCAACUAUUGAAGAUCUCAAGAAUCCAACAGAAGAAUAUAUAAUAAAUUUGUUGACAAAAUUCUUGCAAUACUAUUCCAUAAAUGUUCAUGCAAUUAAACAGCCGUUUCUAGAACAAUGUGCUGUUAUGCCGUAUUAUGAAGAUUCUGAUGUGAUAACUCUGAUAAAUUUCCAUGCUGUUGUUUCACAAAUUCUUAAAAAGAUAUUUUUGAGUGACUUUAGUAUUACUGAUAUUACUAGUCCAGGACCAAAACGACUUAGAAAGCAAGUGAAAUAUCUCUCUAACUUUGUACUAUAUACAAUGCACAAGAAAUUAGCAUUUAGUAAGAGAAUGGAAGAAAUUCAAGUUCAAGCUAAGACAUUUGAAGAACUAAAAGAAAAAAGUGCUCACAUUUUAGAGUCUGUCAAUAAAGUAGCUACACACAAAGCAAAACAACUGACUUUAAUAGAGAAGCUUAAGAAUGAUAUUCAGCGAAAAAAAGAAGAUAUUAUGAGACUCGAAAAGAAGGAUGUAGAACUCACUGAGAAAAAAUAUACAUUAGAAAGAGAAAAUCAGAAUGCUAAAGGACGUCAUGAUCAUGUUAAAACUACAAUGGGAAAGAUAACGAAGGAGUUAAUUGAGUUACAAUCACAGAUUGUAGAUUCGCCAAAAGCGUAUCAGUCUCGUUUAGAUGAACUUCAGGAGGCAAAAAAGAAAAAGUUAGAAGAACGCGAUGAGAUACAGGAAGCCAUUCAGGAUAAAAAAGAGAACAUGAAACAAAUAAAUGAGAAAUUAACUGUUGUUCAGAAAAUAAACGAUGAAUUUUCUGCGUUGAAAGAUACAUAUAAGGAUUUAAAAGAUAAGAAGGCGAAAGCAGAUGAUGGCAAAAAGCAAAUCAAUUCGUUGAAUGAUACAAUAGAGAAAAUGCAAAUGAAAUUAGUAAUACACAAGGAUCAAAUAGAUGCCGAGAAGAACGAAGUGAAAUCGCAUCGUGAGGAAGAUGUCGCACCAUUGUGUAACUUAUUUAGCGAAUUAAUUAUUGAAAAAAAAGAAAAAAAAGCUAAUUUAGAAGCAAUACAAACUUGCUUCAAUGAAAAAUGUUCGGAAAGAAAUAAGUUAAAAACCGAAAUUAGAAAAAAGGAAGACGAAACUGCAGCUUUUAUACAAUCGUGCCAAAACCUCUACGAUCAAGAACUUGCUAGAGAACGUGAGAUACAGACACAUUGGACAGGAGAGUGAUGUAUCAAGUAUUUCUAAAAGAAAAGAUCUUUAAGAAUAUGACGUUAUAAGAAUUAUAUAAAACAGAUUUGUUUUUAAGUAUAUUUUUAAUGAUUACAUUUUACAUAAUUAUUUUUAUUCAAUUCUUAAGUGCUAUUUUUUAUGGUAAUAAAAUGUUUAUAAUAAUAGCAUUCUUAGAAGAAGCUAUUAUUUAUACUCGGAGCGAGCUCGAAACGUGUCUUUUCGUUUUUUCCUUGUAAUAGUUUAGAGCGUGUAUAUUAAUAAAAAAGCAUGUACUAAGCAU